CCAUUCGAUUAAUUGGUUGCUUACUGGUUAGAUUUAUCCGGUUUAUCUGAGAAUUUAAUAAAUCGCUCACCAUAAUGAGCUCCAAUUUUUAUGUAUAAGUUUUCUUUGCAAGAGUGUCACAUGUCACUUGUAAAUCCAUCUAUACAGGCAAAAUCUAUCUAUCUAUCUAUCUAUCUAUUGCUAAUUCAGCUACAUUUAUAUUAUGUUUAGUGUGAUUGGGUUUGACAUUCAUUCAGCAGAGUUACAGUUCUUUUAGAGAGAGAGAAUGAUUAACGUUUUCCCCCCCCAAUCCUAUAAACACUGACCAAAUCCUCUAGUAGCAACUGCUUGUUUUCCUUAAAUUUGUACAACAAUGUGAGAUAAUAAGUCAGAAUUAUAUAAUAAGUCAAAGGUUUGAGGUAACAAGUCUGAAUAUGAGAUAAUAAGACAGAAUUUGUGAUAAUAAUACAGAAUUUGAGAUAAUAAGUCAGAAUGUGGGAUAAUAAGACAGAAUUUGAGAUAAUAAGGCAGAAUUUGUGUUAAGACAGAAUUUGAGAUAAUAAGACAGAAUGUGGGAUAAUAAGACAGAAUUUGGGAUAAUAAGACAGAAUUUGUGAUAAUAAGACAGAAUGUGGGAUAAUAAGCGAGAAUUUGAGAUAAUAAGACAGAAUGUGGGAUAAUAAGACAGAAUUUGAGAUGAUAAGACAGAAUGUGAGAUACUAAGACAGAAUGUGGGAUAAUAAGACAGAAUUUGAUAUAAUAAGACAGAAUUUAAGAUAAUAAGACAGAAUGUGGGAUAAUAAUUCCGAAAGUGAGAUAAUAAGUCAGAAUUAUAUAAUAAGUCAAAGGUUUGAGGUAACAAGUCUGAAUAUGAGAUAAUAAGACAGAAUGUGAGAUACUAAGACAGAAUUUGAUAUAAUAAGACAGAAUUUAAGAUAAUAAGACAGAAUGUGGGAUAAUAAGACAGAAUUCGAGAUAAUAAGACAGAAUUUGAGAUAAUAAGACAGAAUGUGGGAUAAUAAGUCAGAAUUAUAUAAUAAGUCAAAGGUUUGAGGUAACAAGUCUGAAUAUGAGAUAAUAAGACAGAAUUUGAGAUAAUAAGACAGAAUGUGGGAUAAUAAGACAGAAUUUGAGAUACUAAGACAGAAUGUGGGAUACUAAGACAGAAUGUGGGAUAAUAAGACAGAAUUUGAGAUAAUAAGACAGAAUUUGAGAUAAUAAGACAGAAUGUGGGAUAAUAAGACAGAAUUUGAGAUACUAAGACAGAAUGUGGGAUACUAAGACAGAAUGUGGGAUAAUAAGACAGAAUUUGAGAUAAUAAGACAGAAUUUGAGAUAAUAAGACAGAAUGUGGGAUAAUAAUUCCGAAAGUGAGAUAAUAAGUCUGAAUGUUUAUAAUAAGUCAAAAGUGUGAGGUAACAAGUCAGAAUGGAACAAAGUAAAAAAAAAAAAGAAAGAGAAAGAAUAAGUAAAAAUUCUCAGAUAAAUCAGAAUGAGAUAAUAAAUGAAACGUUUGAGGUAAUAAGUCCUAAUACAAUAAGUAAAAAAUGCAAGGUUUGUGAAGUGCAAUAACAAGUCACAAAUGAAUACACCAGAAUUUUGAUAUAUUAAAUUUUGCUUAUAAUACGUUAGAAUGUUCCGACAAGUCAACAUGUGAGAUAAGGAAAAAAAUCGAGACAAGGGAAAAAUUGAAUCGACCGAUUCUUCCAGAAAUAAAUUAAAACAUGUUACGCAGGUUGAUUUCUACCUGGUGGAAAAUACAGUAGGCUUCAAUAACGUCAUGACUUCAUAGCACUAUAAACUUCUUGAACUCUUGAAUCUUGUAAGACGUGGGUUAAGGAAGAUGAAAAAAACACAACAAACAUUUGGUGGAGUUUGAUCCACUCUGGCAACCCGAGGCGCGGGCGAGAGAGGAUGUUUGGGUUCUCGCGCUGUCACAAGCACAAAACCGCAGAUUACAGACAGUGAAAUCUCACCCUCAGCUGACGUGGCAUGAGGACGAAUCAAAUUUCAAGCACAAGUUGAAGCAUGACUCUGCGCACGUGUUUCCAGACUGAGACAGGUUUGGCAGUGUGAUCUCUUGCAGCAGGUAGUCCAACAGCAUUCUGGGUAAUGUAGAAAGGAGUUUAUUCAUGAAUCAGAGCGACUUGUACUCCGGAAGAUUGAGCGGAACAUGGCGGCGGAGCGGUUCUCUGUGUCUGUGCGACGCGGCUUGGAGGGAUGUUGCUCCAUGGCCACGCUGCGCUCCCGUCUUCCCGUCCUCACGUGGCUGCCGGCGUACAGCCUGACGUGGCUGAAGAUGGACGUGCUGGCGGGACUCACCGUGGGGCUGACCGUCAUCCCUCAGUCCCUGGCCUACGCCGAGGUGGCCGGCUUACCUGUGCAGUAUGGUCUAUACUCCUCCUUCAUGGGCGGUUUUGUUUAUUGUUUGUUCGGGACGUCUAAGGACAUCACCCUGGGCCCGACGGCCAUCAUGUCUCUGCUGUGUUUCUUGUACGUCAGAGGGGAUCCGGUGUACGCCGUGGUGCUGACGCUGCUGUGUGGAAUCCUCCAGCUCGCCAUGGCUCUACUCCGACUUGGUUUCCUGUUGGACUUCAUUUCCUAUCCUGUUAUAAAGGGCUUCACCUGUGCAGCAGCCGUGACCAUCGGCUUCGGACAGGUCAAAAACAUUCUGGGUGUGAAGGGCGUCCCUCAGCAGUUCUUUCUGCAGGUCUACUACACUUUCCAGAAACUACCUGAGGCCAGGGUUGGAGAUGUGCUUCUGGGUGUAUCCUGUCUGUUGUUCCUGGUGAUGAUGACCACGAUGAAGAGUUCUCUGGGUUCUAUUGAAGAUAACCCGUCUCCUGUAGUGAAGGUGUCUCGGGGAUUGGUGUGGACGCUCGCGACUAUCCGAAACGCUUUGGUUGUCAUAGCAGCAGCGUGCGUGGUGUACUCUACUGAGGUCUUGGGUCACGAUUUCUUCACUGUGACGGGGAAAACGGCUGCAGGGCUGCCCCCUUUCUCGGCCCCGCCCCUCUCUGAGACGACGACCAAUGGCACGCGCAUAUCAUUCAGCGAGAUCGCGCAGGACCUGGGAAGCGGUUUAGCUGUUAUACCGCUGAUGGGCGUACUGGAGAGCAUCGCUAUUGCGAAAGCGUUCGGAAGUAAGAAUAAUUACCGCAUCAAUGCCAACCAGGAACUCUUUGCCAUUGGACUCACCAACAUCCUGGGCUCAUUUGUCUCUGCGUAUCCCGUCACAGGCAGCUUCGGGAGAACUGCUGUAAACUCUCAGACUGGAGUGUGUACACCUGCAGGAGGUAUCGUCACAGCUGUGCUAGUGAUUCUGUCUCUGACCUUCCUCAUGCCGCUGUUCUCCUUCAUCCCCAAAGCGUCCCUGGCGGCCGUCAUUAUCUGCGCCGUCGCGCCGAUGAUAGAGUUCAGCGUUCCUCCUCGCAUCUGGAGAGUCAGAAAGUUGGACCUGCUGCCGUUCUCGGUCACCUUCCUGCUCAGUUUCUGGGAGGUGCAGUACGGCAUCGUGGGAGGUGUAGUCGUCUCCGGGUUCAUGCUGCUCUACCUGACGGCCAGACCUGAACUGAAGGUAACGGAUCACGGCGUGCUGGUGAUGGAGCUGGGAAGCGGACUCCAUUUUCCCGCUGUAGAGCACUUCAGUGACGUCUUGCGCGCGCACGCAGUACACGUAUCUCCUCCUCGUUGCGUUGUGUUAGACUGUCAGCACGUCAGUAGUAUAGACUACACGGCGGUGGAUGAAUUACGAGACGUCUUGAAGCAGUUUAAGCUGCACGGGGUCGCUCUGGUCUUCUCGGGACUGAAGUGUUCGGUGCUGGAGGUGUUAUCCGCCGCUGAUCUUCCAGGCUUCAGACACACAGACAGCGUGGAGGCGGGACUGCAGAUCCUGAGCGCCAACUGGCACUACGACUGACACUCCGAUCUCAUCCAAUCACUACGACCGACACGCCGAUCUCAUCCAAUCACUACGACCGACACUCCGAUCUCAUCCGAUCAUCAACAAGACCAGUGACUCGUCCCACACGGCUCCGAGCCAAUCGCUGAAUCCCUCGAGCGAGCAAACCGACGACGCCUCAACGUCACGUCUCAACACUGUGUUUGUUUGAAACUUUGUCGAAUCAGUGACGCCGACAUCCAGACCAGAUCGUUUUCGCACAAACGGAUGCAGACGGCGUCCUUUCAUUCGAAGACGCACUACUUGUUUUCCUUCAGGGAGAUUUGAAACGAUUUCUAACGGCGGUCUGAAAACUCGCCGAUUCGCUAGCUAGGAGCGUUCUCUAAGAAGGUUUAAAAAAACAACAAAAACGCACAACUCUGUCUUCUCAUGUGUAGUGUUUUUAGAGUAUAGUGUUUUCUUUUUUUUGGGGGGGGGGGGGGGGGGAGCCACGCGUACGAAAUUUAUUUGCGUGCAUAACGUAAAGAGGGUAUUGUAGCGGCGGACGUUACCGGAGUCGUCAGAGGCGGAGACUCUUCUAGCUUUUCUUAACUGACAUUUUUAAAGUCGAAAAAUACAGUUUAUGCUUUUAAAAACGCUGCGGAAACUCUCUAACCGUCCUCCUUACUGCGUGCAAACUGACACCGACUCCUUUCGUUCGUUUUUAACGGUUUAACUGACGGUGAUGUUUACGAUUUCACUUCAGCCCGGAAUCGCGUCAUCGCUUUAAAAAGUGAGCGUAGUGUUUGUGAGUCAGAAUUUCAGGUGGAAAUGUUUUUGUUUUAUUUUUUUAUCGUACGAAACAUUAACGUUAGAAUCGAUCCGGGUUAUAUAGUUCCGAUUGAAUGUGUCUGGAUGUAACACGCUGAUUUAUGCCGCUUUCAUCAUCUAGUACUUCGUCGCUACGUUACCGUUGUAGCGCACGUGUAAGAUUAUAGCUGCUGAAUGUGGGUACUGAGGUAAGUUGAGGUCAAUUCUGACAUUAAUUAGCACCGUCAUUGAAUAUCACUGUCAUGCUACAUUAUAUAGCCAUCUAAUAAUUACAGCAAUUAUUAAUCAUUACAGUAAAUAUGAAUUGUCUACAAAUUACGUUUGUUUUUUUUUUGUUUGUUUUUAAAUACGUCACAGAUAACGUAUCGAAUUGCGAACAAAUCUUGAAAAUUGUUUUUAUUAAACAGAAGUAGAAAUUACACGAUGGUUAUUUAUUCAUGAUGGUUAAUAUGUAAAAUAGUCAGACUUUGCACCCCUUCCCCCGCCCCCACUGUUUUUAAAUGGAGAAAUGGAAAAUGGACGUCACUGUAUUGUUUACACGUGUGUAAAUAUAUAUAUAAAUAAAUCCAAGAAAUGGGAAAAAAAUGAAAUGUUUGUGUAUCCAGAAACAAGAUCAUCUAAAAUCUGCGGCCGAAGCAACGCAAAAGCUGUUAAAAGGGCAAAGCCUGGGGAUUAGGAAAGAAUAUUUAUAUCACACUCCGAUAGGGUACUCUGAAAGGUUAGUAAAGGGGUUCUGCUUGGAGCCCUGACGUGUAGGUAUUAAGAAGAAAAUAAUGAGCAAUCAUUUAAAGCUCGUACCGCUGACAUAUCUAGAUAAUACACACACUCUUAGGGGGGUUAAAGGGGUUCUUCAGGGGUACUUUAAGGGGUCGUUGGAUAUUAGAAGGUCCAAAAAAAUGAUUGAUUUUCGGUAGGUCUCAUCGUGCACUCCAUAUAUAGAACCUAGGAUUUGAUCGUACAUUCACAUACUAUAGAAUAAUAAGAGUUUCUUUUUUUCUUUACAGAAUAAAUCACCAGGUACAAAGUUCCGUAAAAGUAGCGCUUAUUUUGAGCAGUCAUGUUUGACACAGCCUCUAGAGGGCGCACUGACACGAAACUUAUGUAACUUCAUUAUUAUCCUGAUGUUGACCUUCACUACAUGCACAAUAGAAUAAUAAUAAUAAUAAUAAUAAUAAUAAUAAUAAUAAUAAUAAUGAAGGAAAUUCAUCUUUAUCAGUCAGCAUUAAAGUUUAACUUUUGGGGUGUAAAAUGGAAUCACAUUACAACUUGCAGUAUUAAAAUUAAAACACGCAAUUGUGACGUGAUAUCUUUAUGAUAACUUGUUGGCCGUAUGCUGCAAGUGUGUUGGAUUAGAAUCGUUCAGUAUAUUCUGAAUUUCAAAGAGCAAACAAGACCAACAAACAAAACCCCAACCCUCUAUGUUUUCUAUGUUUAUUUGCUAAUUAAUGUUUCAUGAAAUACAUUAAUUGUUGUUGUUGUUGUUUUUCAUUUGCAUGAAACGUACUGAUUUUCAGAAUGACCUGCAGAUGGUAUAUGGUGUGGAUUCUAUUUUUAAACUCCAUAAUAUUUUGUUCUAAAUGCGUUUAAGGAAUUUUAUUGAUUUAGAGUAACUAGCGCAGUUGCUAGUAAAGAGCUAGCUAAUAUUGUAAAUAGCUCAGUUGCUAGUAAAGAGCUAGCUAAUUACUCUAAGAUUGUAAAUAGCGCAGUUGCUAGUAAAGAGCUAGCUAAUUACUCUAAGAUUGUAACUAGCACAGUUGCUAGUAAAGAGCUAGCUAAUUACUCUAAGAUUGUAACUAGCCCAGUUGCUAGUAAAGAGCUAGCUAGUUACUCUAAGAUUGUAACUAGCGCAGUUGCUAGUAAAGAGCUAGCUAAUUACUCUAAGAUUGUAACUAGCCCAGUUGCUAGUAAAGAGCUAGCUAAUAUUGUAAAUAGCUCAGUUGCUAGUAAAGA